AUGGAGUCUGACCAGCAUGGAGGGGAUUCACAACGGGCUUGGGCGCCCACCGACUCAGCGUUGCUGCGAAGCGAAACCGACCCAGGCCCGAUCAAUUCACCGCCACGCGGUACAAAUAUCAAAAAGGAAGCGACCGACCACGACUCUCUCGUCACCGUCCGCCUCUCUGAGCCAUCGUCGCUCCAGGUGAACACGACAGUACCGCCAAGCACGAUUCUGCCGAGAAAGAGCCCGCUGCCGACUUAUGCACGGAACGAUGGUGAUGAUGGCGGCGACGACAACAACGACGACGACGAUGACGAUGACGAUGACAGCGAGUCGGAGAUUUUCGAACCGGAGACCUCAGCGUCAAAUCGCCGACCAAACUUGCUCCAGGAAUUGGGACGAUCGAGCGGAGAGAGUGCCAGCGAUGGGGCCAAGAGACCGAAGUACAGAAGCUCGUCCUCGAGCACGGGGUCAGAGAGGGUCGACUGGGACGAGUUGCAGAAGAAGGAGGAGUUGGAAUUGAAAGGCCAAGAGCCGGGCCAUGUGCGUCACAAUAUCCCACUGAGCUGCAACAUGCUGUUCAAACCCGGGCAAGGGAUUGGUCGAACUGGCACGGACCUGAAGAGCACGGGGACCAAAGCCACCACUACCGCCAUGGCCGCCACUAGAGGGCGGUACCCUCGCGAGAGCAAACCCCGACCGCCGUCGAUGGCGCAACUACGCAAAAUGGUCACCGGUCCGAGCCCCUCCGCCUUGCGGUACUCGACCCUCCCGCCGACGCCCAUGACCGAGCUCGAGUUCUACUUGGCGCUAGUCAAAGAUCCCAAGCAGACCGCCGCCCGCCUGCCGACGCUGCUAUCAAACAAGGUCCGCAAAGGAGUGCCGCCACCGCUCCGUGGCGUAGUAUGGCAGAGCAUGGCGGGCGCCCGGGACAGCCAUCUGGAGGAUGUCUUUGAGCGACUGACUGGCGAAUCGAGCCCGUACGAGGGCGUCAUCAGCAAGGAUCUUGGUCGCAGCUUUCCUGGUGUUGACAUGUUCCGCGACCCAGAUGGUGAUGGCCAGCGCAUGCUAGGGCGUGUCCUCAAGUGCUUCAGUCUCUACGAUACCGAGAUAGGAUAUUGCCAAGGGCUAGCGCUUCUAGUCGGGCCGCUGCUAAUGCAUAUGCCGGACAAGCAGGCGUUUUGCGUCUUGGUGAGACUGAUGGAAAACUACGAUCAGCGCCAAUGUUUCGUUCCUGACCUGGCGGGGCUGCACAUCCGAAUCUACCAAUUUCGCGAGCUGUUGCGACAGCAUCUGCCCACACUGUCGGCCCACCUGGACGAUUUGCAGGUUGAACCCGCCUAUGUUUCACAAUGGUUCCUGUCGUUCUACGCCGUAACGUGCCCCCUGCCAAUGCUGUUUCGCAUCUACGAUGUGAUUUUCGCAGAGGGCGCGUCGGAAACCAUCAUGCGCGUGGCGCUGUCGCUCAUGCGCAAAAACCAAGUGCGAAUCCUAGGCUACACCGAACUCGAUGAUGUGAUGCACCUGUUGCUAUCGCGCGGCGUGUGGGAUUGCUACAAUUACAACGCCGACGAGUUUGUCCAAGACUUUGUUGCACUCGCCAACGUCGUUACCAAGGAGCGAAUGAUAGCGCUCGAGCAGGGGUACAAGGAAGCUAAGAUUACCCCCAGCGCCAAUCACCGUGGGGCAGAGACGGCACAUGCCUCUGCGGAUGCCGAUGUCACUACCGCUGCCUCCCGUUUCCUGGGUCGCCUUUGGGUCGCCUCGUCCGCCCCCAAGCUUACAACUUCAUCAUCCUCAACAUCGACAUCUUCAACAUCGACAUCCACCACCGCCACUCCCACCCCUAACAACAAUCUCAACCCUGGGCUCGGCGCCGCGUCGGGCCCCCUUAGCAUGCUUCGCCGCAGCCCCUCGAAACAGAGCCUCUCGUCGAUGGAGGCCGCCUCGUCUACGACAUCAUCUGCCGCCAGUGUUCUUAGCUCCGUGUCAACCGAGGCAACCAAUGUCUCCCGCGACAGCUCCGCCGACGACUUCUCCCGGGAAGCCACCCCAUUGCCGUCGUUCAAAAUCCCAUCACCCGCUGCUUCCUUCUCCACCAGCAUCAACACCUCCCGAGAUGGCAGCAAGCACCUGCACAGCCAAAUUGAGGACCUGCUCACUGCACUCAGCGAAUUACAACGGAAUCACACCCUUUUGGCCAAUCAAUUACAACGCGAAAAAGAAGGCCGCGAGGAGGACCGUCGGGCGGUCCGAUCUUUGCUGGAUGGUUUGCGCAACAAGGCAGAAGGGAGCGACGACAGUAGUGUGGUCGAUUCUUCUUCAACAACAAAAACAACGAGUCCCAAGCCGACAGCAGAGCAGCUUUCCGAUCUCCUGGACGCUGUGGAGGAGCGGUUUAGCGACUCGGUCACCAGCUCAAGGUCAUCUGCAUCGGAGACGAAACAGCAAUUACGAGACGAGCUGGCACGAACAAAAUCCCAAUUAUCUCAGGAGCGCGAUAAGACGAAGGGGUAUAACCGCAAGGUGCAAGAGAUGGAGCAAGAACUAUCCACCGUGAGGGAACAACUACGGGAUACCCACGCGCACGUACGAAACGUACACCAGGAGAAGCAGCGCAUCGAGAGGCAGAUGCAGGGAAUGAGACUACGAGCCUCGGACACGCCCGCCACGGCGGACAAGUCUGAGUGGCUUUCUAAAACAGCCAGCAGCAGUGGCGGUGCGGCCGCAGGAGUCGGCCUGCGGGAGCUCAAACUCGGCCGCAGCAGAUCCACACCAUCCCAGGCUGCAUCCAUCUACAGCAACAACAGCAGCAACCGUGUCUCGUCCAUGUUGACGAUGAAGAAAAAAGAGAGCCACGAGUCCCUCGCAUCGACCGCCGUGCUGGGCCCGACCGAUGCCUCCUCCGGCACUUCCGGCCUCGAUACCUCCUCCGCAUCUCUCACGACCCCGCUCAACGAGACCGAUGCGCUCCUGCUCGAACUUGUCCAGGCCAAGACGGCCGAGGCGGUCGCGCGCCAGGAGCUCGAGGAGGCGAAGCAGAAGUUGGAGCAGCUGCGGAAAGCCUUUGGCCUUGCGCCUGGGGAAACACCCCCGGUAGGGAUGUCCCACCAUCAUCACCAUCAUAACCACAAUGCUGGCAACGCGGCGCAGUCGGCGGCGGCUACUGCCAUGGGCAUGUUUGGGCGGUUAACGGGCAGUACGGUAACGAGUCCUGUGAUGUCUGAGUCGCCGUCAAAAGUAUCGUCGCCACCACCACCAGCUGCAGGGGGCGCUGGUGGGGGGUUCUGGGGGUGGAGGAGGUGA